AAUAUUUCUAAAAUGUUUGUAGUGACUAAAAUUGGACAAGGGUAUUCUGCGGAUGUAUAACUGGUGAAUCGAUGUGGGUAACUGAUGGCUAUGAAGGUCUUCAAGUAAUAAUAGUCAUCUUUGUAUGAAAAUGAAAUAAAAAUAAUGCAGUUAUUAAGCAACAUUCCAGGAGUAAUAAGAGUAAGGGAAUGUGAAUGCGAUGGUUGCAUCAUGAUGGAUUACGCCAAACAAGGGAAUCUAUUACAAUAUUUAAAGCUCUAGAAAUUCACUGAAGAAUUUUCAAGACAUUAUUUUAAGUAGAUAACCUAAAUCAUCUCUGAAAUCCAUAAAAAAGGAGUGGCUCACAGAGAUCUAAAAUUAGAAAACAUAUUGUUGGAUGAUAAUUUCAAUAUUCUAAUCUGCGAUUUCGGCUACGCAAUAAAAUUUUUGGAUGCCCAAGGAAAAAGAACCAAGAUUAACACCUAUGUCGGUUCGCCCUCAACAGCAGCUCCUGAAAUAUUCCUGCAACAACCUUACCAUGGAAUCGAAGCCGACCUAUUUCAAUUGGGAGUGAUAUUAUUCCAGAUCACUUCAGGCUUCUGUCCAUUUCAGACUGCCAACAUCAAAACAGAUCAAGUAUACUAAUUAAUUUACAGGAAACAGUACAACAAGUUUUGGGAAGUUCAAUAAGUUGACUUUAGUCCUGAGUUGAAGGAUCUCAUAACAAAGUUAUUGGCUUUCAAUCCCAAUUAAAGAUUAUCAAUCUCAGAAAUUGAACAGCAUCCCUGGAUACUCAAAUGCGGAGUUGAUGAUUCACUAAUUGUUCAUGAAAUGAGCAACAGAUAUCAAUAGAUACUAUAAACAUCCCAAGAAAAGGAAUAAUGAAAUACAAUAUUUUACUUUAUCGAAUUUCGAAUAUUUUAAAAUAU